AUGGAUCAGCUCACAGCUCACGGCCGACCUCUUCCGCCACCUUUUCAUACCAGGGAUCUUCAGCUCCAGCACCAUCCUCAUCAGUUCCAACAACAUCACCAUCAGCACCACAAGGCUGAGGACGAAAACAGCGGUAGUAGCACCCCAAACCGGGGUAGCCAGAAAAGAGAUCGAGACGAGAGUUUCAUGAUUCCUACUUGCAGUUCCAUAUCAUCCAUGAACGCCACCUCCGGCUCCCACCAUGGAACUGGAGGAAGUGAUCAAGGGAACAAAGAACUCGUCCCAGCUGGAAACGGCGGCGGAGGAGACAAUAAUCAUGACGAAGUCAGAAGAAGACCAAGAGGAAGGCCGGCCGGUUCCAAGAACAAGGCUAAACCCCCUAUCAUCAUCACUCGUGAUAGUGCAAAUGCCCUCAGAUCCCAUGUUAUGGAAAUUGCCAGUGGCUGCGACAUCCAAGAGAGUGUAUCAAAUUUUGCGACCAGAAGGCAAAGAGGGGUUUGCAUUUUGAGUGGGAACGGAACCGUUAAUAAUGUUACACUCAGGCAGCCAGCUGCACCGGGCGCAGUCGUGACUUUACACGGAAGAUUCGAAAUCCUAUCGCUUUCGGGUUCAUUCUUACCCCCUCCAGCACCAGCUGCGGCUUCUGGGUUGACUAUAUAUUUAGCCGGUGGUCAGGGGCAAGUAGUUGGUGGAAGUGUAGUUGGGCCGCUACUCGCGGCUGGUCCGGUUGUGAUCAUGGCUGCAUCAUUUGGUAACGCUGCAUAUGAAAGACUACCAUUAGAGGAUGAUGAAACGGCGGCUGUUCCUCCCCCGGGUAGUGGACCUUUGGGAUCGCCUGGGGCCGGAAUUGUUGGACAACAGCAGCCGCAACAGUCACAACAGCUUCUACCUGAUCCUAGUUCAUCCCUUUUUCAUGGGAUGCCUCCAAAUCUCCUAAAUUCGUGUCAAUUACCAGCUGAGGCCGCUUACUGGGGAACUGGUCGUCCUCCGUUUUGA